AUGCUUGCCUUUGCUUCCAUAAUGGCCCCUUCCCGAGUGUCACCGGAGCCCGGACAAGGCGAGAGUGCCGCGGGAUUGACCUCGAAACAAAUCGCCUCAUUCUGGCGCGAUGGCUACCUCAUAAUACCAUCCUAUCUUUCCAAGCAGACAUGUCUAGAGCUCUUGUCUAGGACAAACCAACUUCUCAUCGACUUUCCCCUUGCAGAUCACCCGCUCACGCGCUUCACGACCGGGACCGAUGACAACGGAGACUCAACCUCGGCCAAACACGUCGGAGACGACUAUUUCCUCUCCUCUGGUGACAAAGUCCGGUUCUUUUUUGAAGAAGAUGCUUUUGACGCAAAGACUGGAGACCUGAACAAGCCUAAAGAGAGGGCCAUUAAUAAGAUCGGCCACAACUUGCAUGGUAUUGUCCCCGAAUUUGGCAAUGUUUCACAUCAGGGCGAGACAGGGCGCAGGAAUGCUGCUAUUGCGAAAGAUCUGGGCUACAAAGAUCCCAGAUUACUGCAAAGUAUGGUGAUAUGCAAACAGCCUGAGAUUGGUGGUGCUGUCCCACCCCACCAGGACAGCACCUUUCUCUACACAGAUAAGCCGUCCGCCGUUGGAUUUUGGAUCGCGCUGGAAGACGCAACAGUGGAGAACGGAUGCCUGAGUUUCUCUCCCGGCAGUCAUCGGAGGGCUCCAAUAAAGGAGAGAUUCGUAAGGAGGCCGGACGGGCUGGGGACGACAUUCGAGCCAGUGCCCGAGGACAGCAGAUGGCCUCGAGGUCUCCAGAACGAUCAUGACGUGGCGCCGCAGGAUCAAGAAGAAUACGCCCUGGGUGAGGUCGAAGCGGGAACUUUGGUCCUCAUCCAUGGCAACAUCUUGCACAAAUCGGAGAAAAACCUGAGCCAGAAAGGUAGGAUCAUUUAUACUUUCCACUGCAUCGAGGGCGAGGAGCAUUACGACGAGAAGAAUUGGUUGCAGAUACCAGGGGGACCCACGGAGUUUACCAAACUGGAUGGCAAGGCAUGA